ACAGGGAAGACAGUUGGAGUGACCCAGCUGGAUGUGACCCCCAAGACAGAAUGGUACUGGAUUCGGGGGCCCAGGUGUAUGAGCAGGCACCCCCCAGCCCACCUGCCAGUCCUCUGUCCCUGCGCACCAGGCUGAAGCCCUCAGACGGAAAUGGGCCACCGUUGUACCCCUGGUCUCGGCCCCUGCCCUUGCCCCUGGCUCUGUCAGUCCCUUCAGCCCUACGACCCCAGCCUGAGGUGCCACCCCCCUCAGAGCCACGCCUGGGCCACCGCAGCCAAAUGCGUCGCAGUGAGAGUACCUGCACUGUAAAUAGCACUGGCCGGCGUGGGGGUGGCAUCCAGGGACGAGCCCAACCUGGAUGGGGACGGGACCAAGGUGGGGGCACCCUGCGGCCUGCAGCCUCCCUGCCUCACAUUGCUAAGAUCCGAAGAGAGGCAGGCCGUGGUGCCAACAAGAGCCCCUGCAUGCUGGUGGCCCUGCGACCAACCAACAUGGACAGCGAGCGAGACAAGUUCUUCCAGUCCCGUUACACCUACAACCCACAGUUCGAGUACCAGGAGCCCAUGCCCACGGCGGUGCUAGAGAAGUACUGUGAGGCCUCUGGGCAGUUCGUCCACCAGGCAAUUGGCAUCAUCGAGGCUGUCCUGGAGAAGUUUGGCACCUACGAACAUUUUGAGGCUGCCACCGGGGGGCAGCUGCUGACCAAGUGCCAGAUCUGGUCCAUUGUGCGCAAAUACAUGCAGAAGGAAGGCUGCGUGGGGGAGGUGGUGGUGCAGCUGAGUGAAGACCUGCUGUCCCAGGCCGUGAUGAUGGUGGAAAACAGCCGGCCCACACUGGCCAUCAACCUGACGGGAGCCCGCCAGUACUGGCUGGAGGGCAUGCUUCGGCAUGAGAUAGGCACUCACUACCUGCGGGGCGUGAACAAUGCGCAGCAGCCAUGGCACAGCGCCGAGGGUCGGGUGCAGUAUGGGCUGCGGCCCGCCAACCCCACGGAGGAGGGCUUGGCCAGUCUGCACAGUGUGCUAUUCCGCAAGCAGCCGUUUCUGUGGCGCGCCGCGCUGCUGUACUACACCAUCCACCGAGCCGCACGCAUGUCCUUCCGCCAGCUCUUCCAGGACCUGGCGCGCUACGUGCAGGACGCAGACGUGCGCUGGGAAUACUGCGUGCGCGCCAAGCGCGGCCAGACAGACACCUCGCAGCCCGGUUGCUUCAGCAAAGACCAGGUGUACCUGGAUGGCAUCUUGCGCAUCCUGAGGCACCGCCGGACCAUCGAUUUCCCGCUGCUGACCUCGCUGGGCAAGGUAUCCUAUGAGGAUGUGGACCACCUGCGGCCCCACGGGGUGCUGGACAAGACUCGAGUGCCCCACUUCAUGCAGGACCUGGUGCGCUACCGGCAGCAGCUGGAGCACAUCAUGGCCACCAACCGGCUGGAUGAAGCUGAGCUGGGCCGCCUGCUGCCUGACUGACGCUGGCCUAGGGCCACAGGCAGAGGUCCUGGACAGAGGGCUGCAGAUUGGCCCCUAGAACAUGAAGCUGUCUGCUCUGUGC